CUCCACUGCGGGAAACCGACGUCGUCCCUCCAGAGUCCAGAUCAACAACCAGCAGCGUUAACAACUCUCGGCACACUCGUCGAAAUAUGUUCUUGGAGCGCAUCUCCAGUGUCCCGGAGACUGUGCAGCUCUGUGUUUUUUGCCUCUGCUUCCAGGGUCCUCGGUUGACGGUGUCUACCACGAGACUCUGAUGAAUUGGCGGCAGCCUGGAUGCUAUGCGCCUCGACACCUUCAUGCUGUCCCGCUGAAUUACUGCUCGAAGAGAAUCCGGUGAUAUAGUCUGUGUGCUUCUGAUUAAGACUCUGAACGGCCUGGUAGAGCUCUCUUUCGUUACCUACUACCACUGUCGAUUGCUCCCUAGAGCUCCGCGCGGUACCCCGCUGCAAUGGCUUCACAGCAGCCUGCCUUUGCGGGCAGUGACUUCUCAGUCCCGGUGAGCGUGGAACAAAUUACCCGGAUGGCCCAGGAUUAUGAAUAUAACCCAAUGAUACCCCUUCGAUAUUGGUUGCGGUCAGCAGCAUCUCUUCUCAAAGAGGCCAGUAUCUAUGAAAGCGAAGGUCACGAUGAACAGGCGUACUUGUUGCUCUUCAGACAUGCGCAGCUUGUGCUGGUACACCUUGCAGACCACCCCGAAGCGAAGUCACCGAACAACCGCAAGGCGCUGAUUCAGGCAGAGAGAGAUGUGAAACAGAAUCUCAAGAAGCUGGAAUUCUUGAAACCGCGCAUCAACAAACGUUACGAGCGGUAUACCCAAUUGAUGGAGCAACGCCAGACUAGAAAAUCGACACCGACACCACUGAGCGAUACCGUGCCUUCACAGAAUCAACUACCGCCUGAUCCCGCCCUCACCCGGGUUCCACAACCAUUAGAAGCAGGGGAGAAUAGAGAGCUGGCUGUCAGGUUGGCACAGAAGGAGCUAGACCGGAGGGCAACUGUGCGGAAUGCAUCCCGUCAGAUAUCGAGUCAAGAAGGCCAAGAGCGACGGAUAGCUGGGGCGUGGGAUGACUGGGGGCAAGGAGUCAACAGGAGUGGUCGAGGAGCGGAUGAUGAUCUUAGCAGGCGAAUUCAGGAAGUGAGAAUGAACAUCGACCAUCAGGCAAUCAACAGGCCGCAUUCUGCGAGGAAUGACCACGUCCAGAACACCAUCCGAAGGCCCUCCGCUCAAGCUUCACAGUCCACAUACAAGUACCCGUCUGUCCCCAAGCAUCGGCAGCCUGAUGUAUAUCCGGUCCCUACGGAGCCGCACAAAUCCGACAGUGAGCUAUCUGCGCCUCCUGAGCGCCCGCCGAAGGAGACUAUCCAUCAGGCACAGCCCGCAGUGCCUGACCUGCCUCCUCGUCCUGGCAAACUAUCGUCGCCGCCCCCCUUGCCAGAGAAAGGAACACCGGUUGCAGGCGCUGCUGCUUCGCAAUCCGAUUUAAACCCCUCGACAUUUACAUUCAAACCGUCUGCUUAUCUCGAGAACGGGACUCCCUUACGCACGGUCUUCCUUCCACCAACUCUUCGUACUCGUUUCUUAUCCUUGGCGUCCGACAAUACUCGCAGGAAUUUGGAAACCUGCGGUAUUCUCUGUGGGACUUUGAUUUCAAACGCGCUAUUCGUUUCUAAACUUCUUAUUCCUGAACAAGAAUCAACGUCUGAUACAUGUGAGACGGUCAAUGAAUCCGCCGUUUUCGAUUACUGUGACUCUGAAGACCUCAUGGUACUUGGCUGGAUCCACACUCACCCAACUCAGACUUGUUUCAUGAGUUCUAGAGACUUACAUACCCACAGUGGUUACCAGGUGAUGCUUCCGGAGAGCAUCGCCAUCGUCUGCGCUCCUAGCAAAGAUCCAGACUGGGGCGUCUUCAGACUUACAGACCCUCCGGGGCUGAAGUCGAUCCUGAGCUGUACACAGACAGGUCUUUUCCAUCCGCAUGCCCAAACAAAUAUCUACACUGAUGCAUUACGUCCUGGACAUGUAUUCGAAGCAAAGGGAUUGGAGUUUGAGGUUGUUGAUUUGCGUCCCAGGUAGUACCGAUUUUUCUUCCCCGAUAUUGAUACUAAAUACCACUGUGUCUCCUUCAUGUUAUUCUAGUACAUAAAUACCCUUCCGCCAACCGUGUGCUGGUUUCGUUACGGUCUCUCAACACAGCAUUUUCGCACUUUUACUGUCUAUUCUGUUUCUAUAGACACAUUGAGCGGCGUCACGUGUUAUGUUAUGAUAUUGCCAGUCGAGUACUAUGAGGAAAUGCAUACUAUAUUUAAAUAUUUCCACCAGACG